AUGGAGGCCAGCGGCGAGGUUUACAAGGCCAACAACGAGCACUUCGUCCUCGUCCACGGCGCCGGCCACGGCGGCUGGUGCUGGUUCAAGCUCGCGUGCCUGCUCCGGGGCUCCAGCCACCGCGUCUCCUGCAUCGACCUCACCGGGGCCGCCGGCAGCCUCGUCGACCCGGACGACGUCCGGUCGUUCGACGCGACGCGCCGCUCACCGACUUCAUGGCCGCCUUGCCGGACGGCCACAAGUGUUACUGUUGCUUGUCAGGUAAUUUUGGUAGGGCAUAGCGCAGGAGGACUGAGCGUCACCCAUGCGAUGCAUUUGUUCAGAGACAAGAUCAAGCAAGCCAUCUUCAUAGCAGCAACCAUGCUCCCGUUUGGGUACCAAACGGAACAAGAUAUAAAAGAUGUGAUUCAUCACUUCCCCUAUGCUUAUUGCUUUGUUCAACUCUUGUUUAUAUCUGGUAACAGAAAUCUGGGAGACGGCCGCCCUCCAACGAGUGUGGCGCUGAGAGAGGAGCACCAGCGCACAAUCCUGUAUCACCAAUGCUCCCAUGAGGACUCCACACUUGCAUCCAUUCGGCUGCGCCCGUGGCCGGCCGCUCUGAGCACUGCCAGGUUCGGCCAUGUCGAUGACGGCGCCAAGAGUUCAGUAGACGCAGUGCGUCGGGUGUACAUAAAGACAACCAAUGACCACAUGGUGAAGCCGGAGCAGCAGGAGGCGAUGAUCCGCCGGUGGCUGCUGAGCGAGGUGGCAGCGAUGGACACUGACCACAGCCCUUUCUUCUCUGAGCCGGAGCGUCUCUUCGAGCUGAUCCUGAAGUCAUUGUGA